AUGGAGAAGAGAGUGGCCAUUGUCGGAGCUGGUGUCAGUGGCCUGGCCUCCAUCUGGUGCUGCCUGGAAGAGGGGUUGGAGCCCACCUGCUUUGAGAGGAGCAAUGAUGUUGGAGGCCUGUGGAAAUUCUCGAACCAUGCAGAAGAAGGCAGAGCCAGCAUUUACCAGUCUGUAUUCACCAACUCUUCCAAAGAGAUGAUGUGCUUUCCAGACUUCCCUUAUCCUGAUGAUCACCCCAACUAUAUGCACCACAGCAAACUCCAGGAAUACAUAAGGACAUUUGCUCAAAAGAAGAAUCUUUUAAGAUAUAUACAGUUUGAGAUCCUGGUUUCUAGUAUAAAGAAAUGUCCCAACUUCUUAGUCACUGGACAAUGGGAAGUUGUUUCAGAAAAGGAUGGGAAACAGGAAUCUGCUAAUUUUGAUGCUGUAAUGAUUUGUUCAGGACAUCAUGUAUACCCCAAUCUACCAACUGAUUCCUUUCCUGGCCUACAUCGGUUUCAAGGCCACUACCUCCACAGCAGGGACUAUAAGAACCCAGAAGCCUUCAAGGGGAAGAGGGUCCUUGUGAUCGGCCUGGGGAACUCAGGAUCUGACAUUGCUGUGGAGCUUAGUCCUCUGGCUGCACAGGUCAUUAUCAGCAGCAGAAGUGGUUCCUGGGUCAUGAGCAGGGUUUGGGAUGAUGGCUAUCCUUGGGACAUGGUGUAUGUGACCCAUUUUGCAACCUCCCUCUGGAAUGCCCUUCCUUCAUUUGUCUCUGACUGGUUAUAUGUCAGGAAGAUGAACACAUGGUUUAAGCAUGAGAACUACGGCCUGAUGCCUUUAAAUGGUCCCCUGAGGAAAGAGCCUGUGUUCAAUGACGAGCUCCCAUCCCACAUCCUAUGUGGUACUGUGUCCAUCAAGCCCAGUGUGAAGGAGUUUACAGAGACCUCAGCUGUGUUUGAGGAUGGGACCAUGUUUGAGGCCAUCGACUCCAUCAUCUUUGCAACAGGCUAUAGUUACACCUACCCCUUCCUUGAUGACUCCGUCAUCAAAAGCAGAAACAGUGAGGUCACCUUGUUUAAAGGUAUCUUUCCCCCAAAAAUGGAGAAGCCAAACUUGGCUGUGAUUGGCCUUGUCCAGUCCCUUGGGGCUGCCAUCCCCACAGCUGACUUGCAGGCUCAAUGGGCUGCUAAAGUGUUUGCAAAAUCAUGUACCUUGCCAACUACAAGUGAAAUGAUGGAUGAUAUUGAUGAGAAAAUGGGAAAGAAACUCAAGUGGUUUGGCCAGAGCCAGACUUUGCAGACAGAUUACAUCAUGUACAUGGACGAGCUGGGCUCCUUCAUAGGGACCAAGCCUAACAUACCAUGGCUUUUCCUGACUGAUCCCCAGCUGGCCCUGGAGGUGUUCUUUGGUCCUUGCAGCCUACCAGGGAAGUGGGAUGGGGCCAGAAAUGCCAUCCUGACCCAGUGGGAUAGGACAGUAAAGCCAACCAGGACAAGAGCUGUCAGUGAAGCUCAGAGACCACAACACUUUCACAAUUUGCUCAAAAUGCUUUCAUUCCCAGUGCUUUUGCUGGCUGUUUGGCUUACAUUUUAUUAA